UUUUCGUCAGGUACCUGCAAACACUAAGAAAAAAGGUUUACUAUUUUCAGGUAAGAAUGUGAUUUCAAGUUUGACUUCAGUCCCCUACUGAAGACGAUCUAUUUGCUUUUCAUCUUUACUCCAGUAUGCAGCUCUUCGGGUUUUACUAGGUACCCUUCUCCUCCCGAACCCCAACUUCUUCCCCGAGGCCCUUGAAUAAUAGAAUCGGCAGGUACCACUAAGAUAAGCACUAACACCCUAAAAUUGCAAAACUUGUCCAAGAUUCCCUCUAGCUUUCUAGGAUACCCAGAAGCUCAGGUUACUCGGCUGUAUACCCGCUCCAAGGGGCGGAACUAUGGUCGUUCCCCCGCCCCCCCUUCUCGGGCAUUCUGGGAAGUGUAGUCAGGGAUCCGCAUAGCCUGGGACACUUCCGUUUUUGGAACGCCGUGUUAGGGAAUUGUGGGAAGUGGUCCGUGAUUUCUCUUUAGUCGCUGGAAGGUUCUUUCGCUGGAGGGCUCCAGGAGAUAAGUGUUUGGAUCCACAGGGACCCUCCAGGUUUUCUCAGCCUCGUCGGGAAGCAAGCGGGACCCUGGCCCUCGUCUGGAGGAGGGCCCGAGAAGCUGUUGCCAGUUGAGAGGAUGGAGUUGGGAGCAGUUUGUGUUCUUUCCUCUAGGCUGAGCCUCCGGUUUGAAGCGGUUCGUGCGUCCCGGGGUUGGGAGUGUCCUGGGUCGUUUGUCGCCUGGUUAGAGGAUCUCCUGGCGUUCCGCAGCCAGCCUUUCCCACCUACUUGUCAGCUCUGCCACUCACUAGUGUUAUAACGUUCUGAGAAUUAAUCUUUCUCUGUCCCAUUCUCCUCAUUUCUGAAGUAGAGAGUAGGAGUCUCUUAUACUUUUAUACGAAUUAUUCAUUAAAUGACCAAACUAGCCAUAUGCGGUAGGUGCCACUAUGUUCUAUUUUAACAGAGAAAGAAACGAAGGUAAUAGUCCUCUCUGUACAAUGUAGAAAAGAAAGCCGUCUUAUUGCUGAAUAAGGACAAACACUGUAUAGUAUUGUAGGUAAUCUGAAGAAAAAUAUUAAGAAAUUCCACCCCGUGUAUACAGUCAAGCAAUUUUAAACUUUUUAUAGCAUUCUCUUGUGGGAUUUCAGAGACUGGAGAGCCCGUUGAGGUUACGGAAGGAGUUUAUUUUAGGUGUACACCGGCCCAGCUGGUUCGCUGAGCCCUUUACAAAGGCAGGGCUUGACUUUUUUUUUUUUUGAGACGUAGUCUCACUCUGUCCCCAAGGCUGGAGUGCAGUGGUGCAAUCUCGGCUCACUGCAACUUCUGCCUCCCAGGUUCAAGCAGUUCUCUGCCUCAGCCUACCGAGUAGCUGAGAUUACAGGCUCCCUCCACCAGGCCCAGCUAAGUUUUUUUGUAUUUUUAGUAGAGACAGGGUUUCACCAUCUUGGCCAGGUUGGUCUUGAACUCGUGAUCCACCCGCCUCGGCCUCUCAAAGUGCUGGGAUUACAGGCGUGAGCCACCGCGCCUGGCCGGCUUGACUUCUUAUACGUGAAGUACACAGUGGCACUAAAACAUGGUUGCAGGUGUAGAACAAAGGCAAUUUAUUACGUAAUGAUAGGCACCUAACUUAGGUUUGCAUAUGAUUGUUGCUAUUCGACCCAGAUGUUCGCUAUCUGUAAAGCGCAAGGAUUUUAGCACAGGCCUUAUCUAUUGCCUUCUGCUACAGUGUGCAGAAGGCUGGAGUCCUGCCUGAUUGGGAAUUUCUCAUGACCUUCAUUGUGUUACAGAAACUUAACAGUUAUCAGCGGUAGAGAACAAGAAUACAAGAAUUUAUAAACUUCUUACAAAGCAGGAUACAAUCCCACAAGAGGGGGAAGGAGUCAGGGAAGUUUGCUUAUAAAGAAAACUUUAAUUUCUGCUUUUCUUUCCUGCAUUUUUAUUUUUAUUAGUUUUUCUGUAGCAGGACACGCCACAGACAAAACCUCUUGGACACCAGGUUUGUGAAGGAAGUGGCUUUUUAUUCAGCUGGGAGUCUUGGCAGACUCACAUCUCAAGAACUGAGCUCCCUGGCUAGAAAAUCCUGGCCUCUUUGAAAGGCUCACAAUCUUAGAGGCUACAUGUGAGAGGGUCGUGAUCGAUGAGCGCGAAGAAGGCGCCAGCUGGAAGUUUCUUCCUCCUGGGAGUUCUGGGAAACGUAUUCCAGAACUCUGUCCGGAGGAAACAGUUGGGCCGCAGGAGCGCGGGGCUUCUGGGAAGGGUAGUUAAGGAGCUCCGGACCGGCAGAGCCACUUCCGCCCCGGAAAGCGAGGCCGCCACCAUCUUUUGGGUCCCGGAGAGGAGGACGGAGGGACUUCUUUGCUUCUUCCAGCAUAGCCCAGUUAUGCUAUCUCAGGACUAUGACUUUCCCCAGAAGCAGCAGGAGAAAAUGACCAAGUUUCAGGAGGCUGUGACAUUCAAGGAUGUGGCUGUGGUUUUCUCCAGUGAGGAACUGCGACUGCUGGAUCUUACACAGAGGAAGCUAUACCGAGAUGUCAUGGUGGAGAACUUCAAGAACCUCGUUGCAGUAGAUAUGGUAUCCCAACUGGAAGCAGAAGAAAAGCUUUGGAUGAUGGAAGCAGAAACCCAAAGAAGUAGGUAUUCUGGCGAGAACCCUGCGGCUGUUCUUUCAGGCAGCAAGCAUCAAAAUAAGGUGGAGACUCUCCGAAAAUUUGCAUUAAAAUACCUUUCAAAUCAAGAGCUGUCCUGCUGGCAAAUCUGGAAACAGGUUGCAAAUGAAUUAACCAGGUGUCUGCAGGGGAAGAGUUCCCAGUUAGUACAAGGUGACUCUAUUCAGGUUUCUGAAAAUGAGAACAAUAUAAUGAACCCUAAAGGAGAUAGCUCUAUUUAUAUUGAAAAUCAGGAGUUUCUAUUUUGGAGAACCCAGCAUUCUUGUAGGAAUACAUAUCUGUGUGAGUCACAGAUGCAGAAUAGAAGUAAGCAAAUUGACGUGAAAAAUAACCUGCAUAUACAUGAAGAUUUAGUGAAGAAAUCAUCAUGUCAUGAGCAUAUUAAAAUUGACACAGAAUCGAAACCCUGCAAAGGUAAUGAAUGUAGCAAAAUCAUUAGUGAUGGCUCCAAUCAGAAAUUACCCUUAAGAGAGAAACCCCAUCCAUGUGGUGAGUGUGGCAUGGGCUUCAGUUAUAGCCCAGGGCUUCCCCUUCAUCAAAAUGUUCACACAGAAGAAAAAUACCUCAGUCAAAGCUCACAUCUGCAAACUCAUCAGAGAAUUCACCUGGGAGAGAAACUCAAUAGAUAUUAUGGAUCUGGUGAUUGCUUCAAUAAGAGCUCUUUCCAUUUUUAUCAAUCUAAUCAUACAGGAGAGAAGUCCUAUAGAUGUGACAGUUGUGGCAAGGGAUUCAGUAGCAGCACGGGUCUUAUCAUUCAUUACAGAACUCAUACUGGAGAGAAACCCUAUAAAUGCGAGGAAUGUGGUAAAUGCUUUAGUCAAAGUUCAAAUUUUCAGUGCCAUCAGAGAGUCCACACUGAAGAAAAACCAUACAAAUGUGAAGAGUGUGGUAAGGGCUUUGGCUGGAGUGUUAAUCUUCGUGUUCACCAGAGGGUCCACAGGGGUGAGAAACCCUAUAAAUGUGGGGAGUGUGGUAAGGGCUUCACUCAGGCUGCACAUUUUCACAUCCAUCAGAGAGUCCACACUGGGGAGAAACCCUACAAAUGUGAUGUGUGUGGUAAGGGCUUCAGCCACAAUUCACCAUUAAUAUGCCAUCGGAGAGUCCACACUGGAGAGAAGCCAUACAAAUGUGAGGCGUGUGGGAAAGGCUUUACACGUAAUACAGAUCUGCAUAUUCAUUUCAGAGUUCACACAGGAGAGAAACCCUAUAAAUGUAAGGAGUGUGGUAAGGGCUUCAGUCAGGCUUCAAAUCUUCAAGUCCAUCAGAAUGUCCACACUGGGGAGAAACGAUUCAAAUGUGAAACGUGUGGGAAGGGCUUCAGUCAGUCCUCAAAGCUUCAAACUCAUCAGAGAGUCCACACUGGAGAGAAACCAUACAGAUGUGAUGUGUGUGGUAAGGACUUCAGUUACAGUUCAAAUCUUAAGCUACACCAAGUAAUUCACACGGGAGAAAAACCAUAUAAAUGUGAGGAAUGUGGAAAGGGCUUUAGUUGGAGAUCAAAUCUUCAUGCGCAUCAAAGAGUUCACUCAGGAGAGAAACCCUAUAAAUGUGAGCAAUGUGAUAAAAGCUUCAGUCAGGCCAUAGAUUUUCGGGUACAUCAGAGAGUCCAUACUGGAGAGAAGCCAUACAAAUGUGGUGUCUGUGGUAAGGGCUUCAGUCAGUCCUCUGGUCUUCAGUCCCAUCAGAGAGUCCACACGGGGGAAAAGCCAUACAAAUGUGAUGUGUGUGGAAAGGGCUUUAGAUACAGUUCGCAGUUUAUAUACCAUCAGAGAGGCCAUACUGGAGAAAAACCUUACAAAUGUGGAGAGUGUGGAAAAGGUUUUGGUAGGAGCUUGAAUCUUCGCCAUCAUCAGAGGGUCCACACGGGAGAGAAACCCCAUAUAUGUGAGGAGUGCGGUAAGGCCUUCAGUCUCCCGUCAAAUCUUCGAGUCCAUCUGGGUGUUCACACCAGGGAAAAACUCUUUAAAUGUGAAGAGUGUGGUAAAGGCUUCAGUCAGAGUGCACGUCUUCAAGCCCAUCAGAGAGUCCACACUGGAGAAAAACCAUACAAAUGUGACAUAUGUGAUAAGGACUUCCGUCAUCGUUCACGUCUUACAUAUCACCAGAAAGUCCAUAUUGGCAAAAAGCCUUAGAAAUGAGAAGUGUAUUACCAACUUCUGUCUGAAUGCACAUCUUCAAGUUUCUGGAGAGUCCAUGCUAGUGGUAAACCCUAUAAAAGUAUUGGGAGUGGAAGGGGAUCUUUCUAACAAAUCCAUCAAGAUGACAGAACCAUGAACAGGAAUAGAAUUCAUAUUUAGGGGAGAAAUAGAGCUGUGACUCUCUUGGUAAGAUCUAGUUACUAUAAAUGAUCACCUUUCGGUGUGAAUAUAUGCCUGAAGAUAAAUGUGUGGAAGGAUAUUUGCCAUAUGCUAACUGGUUUUUUGGCCAGGGAGAGUUUUGGGUUAUUAUUCCUGUAAUUGUCAUUUUAUACUUAAAGUGAUCAUUAUUUUCACUAAAAGCUGUGAAGCUUUGAAAAAUGAAUAAAAUUACUAAAAAUUCCCUGUA